CCAAUCAUCAUCACAUUUUGUACAGACAGAGAAAAAAGAGGGCUGCAAAAGAUCAAGAAAAAUGGAGGCAGAAGCCAAGAGCUUGGUGAAGUUAUGGAUUUUAGCUACAACAAGUCUCUGUUAUUGUUACUACAUACCAUCAAAAAUACCUAAAGGUCUUCUGAGGCUCCUUUCUCUCCUCCCUGUCUUCUAUCUCUUCAUCGUCCUCCCUUUUGAUUUCACUUCCAUCCAUCUCCGCGGCCUUGCAGCCUUCUUUCUUACAUGGCUUGCCUCCUUCAAGCUCCUCCUUUUCUCUCUUGAUCAGGGUCUUUUGUCACCUCUCCCACAGAAGGUUACCCACUUCAUCUCCCUGGCUUGUCUCCCCAUAAAAAUCAAACAAAAUGACUCAGUAGUAAGUGUACGAGUCUCUCAGCUCAGUGAUAACAGUGAUCACACUAAGGACCCCCAAAAUCCAUCUCCAAAUGCGAACUCAUCAAUCAAUUUCAUACCCAGCACCCCGGCUCGAGUCCUACUUGGGUUCGAGCUCGAGCCACCGUUCAAUGAGCCUUACCUUGCGACCUCAUUGCAAGACUUUUGGGGCCACAGGUGGAAUCUCAUGGUCACGAACAUCCUACGUCCAACAGUAUACUACCCAAUACGAGAACUCUCUAUGCGUUUAAUCGGGCCGGUGUGGGCCCCAUUGCCAGCUGUCAUCGGGACAUUUGCUGUCUCUGGAAUAGUACAUGAGAUAAUUUACUAUUAUCUCACACGUGUAAAUCCUACCUGGGAGGUUACGUGGUUUUUCAUCCUACAUGGCGCUUGCGUGGCAAUGGAAAUGGCAGUGAAGAAGAAGGUGAAGGGCAGAUGGAGGUUGCAUCCGGCGGUAUCAGGGCUGCUGACAAUUGUUUUUGUAGUUGUUACAGGGCUGUGGUUAUUUUUUCCUCAAAUAAUAAGAAAUGGAGUGGACGAGAGAGUAAUCAGAGAAUACUCAAUUUGCAUAGAUUUUCUGAAGCACAAAUUAAGUGCUCUUUGUUUCUUCUGUAUAGAAUAGGAGUCCUCUCUCAUGGCUGUUUUUGUUUAUAUAUUCUAAUCUUGCAUUUGCAUU